AUGGAGCCUUCGAAUCAAAACAAACAUGGAUUGUAUGGGGAAUCAGCAUAUCCCCCAAUAUUUGAUAAUGAACCACCGCCCCUAGACGAUUAUGAAGACGAUUUUGGCGAUUUCGGAAAUUUUGCAACUUUCGAAAAUACGGAAAAUAUAAAUGCAGAUGAAAAAUGGAGCUCUUGGUCAAACUUGUCAGUGCCAAUUGAAGACACAAAGAAAACCAACAAGUCCACCGAUGACACCAAACAUAAUGAGACAUAUCAAAAUGGAGUUAACAAGAAUGUAUCAGAUAUAGAAAAUUUCGCCUCCCAAAAGAAAUCUAAAGGCAAUGACGAAAUUGAGGAUAGAAACAAUGCAGGUGAAGAAGGCAAGGUCAAGUUAACAUCCAAUUGUGAUGAAAGUAAGUCAUUUGAAAUACAUCAGUUGAAAGCAGAAAAUGGAAAGGAUUCUAAUGAUAUCUCAAUCCAAAAGAGUAUAUUUGAAGUGCAAAAUGAAAGUGAUGACAACUACCAAGGUAAUGAGAAGGUUUCUAAAGGAAUUUCCAAUGACACAGUAACUACUGUUCAUAAAAAUGUUAUUCAAACAUCUGGUCAGUGUCUUGAAAGUCAAGGUUUUGACCAGUUAGAUGAAGAUGCUAACUGCCAAUCUGGAAAUGACCAUAUUGAGAAAAAAACUUUAGGUGUGAGUAAAAAUUAUGAACAAUGUGACAAUCAAAAAGAAACUAGAUCAUUAAAUGUAAGUGACAACUUUGGUGAUUUUGCAGAGUUUCAGUCCAAUUCAAUGUACGAAGAAACUUUUGGAGAAGCCAUUGAAGUUAAUUCCAAGGCUGAAGGGAAUCAAGAUGCAACUAAUGUUUUAAAGGUAUUUGAGAAAUCUGUGUUUAUGGAAAAUGAAGAAGAAAGCAAAGAUGAAAUUUCAGAAAGGACUAUAAAGAGUAACACCAGCAAUUUCAGUGAAAGAAAUAAUGACAAUAGUAUAUUUGAUUUCAAAAAUGCAGAUGUAGAUUUACAUGUAGAGAAAAACAAGUUAACAAGUGCGAAUGCACCAGAGAACUCUGCCACUCAAACUUCAUCAUCACAAGGCAACAUAGCGUCCAGUUUGGAUGGAAAGAACAAAGUAGACACACUGGAUUUUGAUACUGAUGAGUUUGAUCAAUUUCAGAAAAGCUCUGAGAAGCAAGAACAUUUUGAUGUUGAUAGGCAAUUAAAAGAUAUGCAUUCUGACUUUGAGGAUAAUUCUGUUUGUGAAGUAGUAGACAGUAGCAAGCAUCUAAAUACCAAUAAAGAGGAACAAGAUGUUGUGAUGAAUUUUCCAAAAAAGGCUCCAACCACCAAUGAGAUAAGUGAAAUCAGUCUUGCCAAUAGCCUGUCCAAUAAAAGCAAUGAUGAAGAAAUUGAGCAGUUUGAUACUGAUUUUGAUGAGGAUUUUGACACUUUUCAAGAAUACUCUCAUAAACCAGUAGAUGGGCAAGAUCAAUCUUGUGAUCAUAUUAGCAGCAUGAUAGAGCCAACUGGAAGUAGCCAAAGGGAUGAAUGGGCAUCAUUUCAAACCCAAACAGCAUCAAAGAAAAAUAAUGUAAAGAAGGAGAUUGUCAAUUUAGAAUUUAAUGAAUCUGUAGAUAAAGAUACUGAUAAUCAAGAUAGCAAAUAUGCAGAACUUGUUUCGGAAGAAAUGAAGAAAAAUAAGGAUGAAGAGUUUCAUGAUUUUCAAGAUUUUGAGGCUAAUAGAGAAAAUGGUGGCUUCAGUAAGGAAGGAUCUUUAGAAAUUGGUUUUAAAGAAAACUCUUUUGCAGAAGACUCAAGUGAAGGUCUAAAUACAAACAUGUUAGAGAAUGAGCCUAAAUCAAAUAUGUUUCAAACAACAUCAUCUGGGUACAACAAAGAUGAUUUUGAUGAUUUUCAAAGCAAUAAUGCACAUUCUUCAGUUUCUUCUAAGAAGAAAGAAGAUGAGUUUAAACUAUCAUCUGGUUGUGAUGAAGAAGGCUUUGAUGAUUUUCAAAAUUUUAGUGCUCAAACUGCUAUCAGUUUGAAGGAAGAAGAGAAAGUAUUUCAGUCAUCAUCUGGUGCAAAUGAGGAAGAUUUUAGUGAUUUUCAAAAUUUAGAUGCACAUACCGCUAUCAGUUCUAUCGAAGAUAAAAAUGAGUUUAAACCAUUCUCUGGUACAAAUGAGGAAGACAUUGAUGAUAUUCAAAAUUUCAAUGCUCAAACUGCUAUUAGUUCUAAGGAGGAAGAAAAUGAUUUUCAGCAAUCAUCUGGUGCAAAAGAUUUUGAUGAUUUUCAAAAUUUCAAUGCACAAUCUUCUAUCAGUUUUAAGGAAGAAAACAAUGAAUUUAAACCAUCUUCAGGUACAAAUGAGGAAGAUUUUGAUGAUUUUCAAAAUUUCAAUGCACAAUCUUCUAUCAGUUUUAAGGGAGAAAACAAUGAAUUUAAACCAUCUUCAGGUACAAAUGAGGAAGAUUUCGAUGAUUUUCAGAAAAUCAGUACACAAACUGCUAUCAGUUCUAAGGCAGAAGAUAAUAAUUUUCAACCAUCCUCUAAAUGUAAUCAGGAAGAUUUUGAUGAUUUUCAAGAUUUCAAUGUACAUACCCCAGUCUUCUCCAAGACAAAAGAUGUUAACCAUGAAAAUCAAGCUGAUGGCUGGGCAGCUUUUAGUUCAUCAACGGACCAAAAUAAAUCUGUAAAUAUCCAAGGAAAAUUGGAUUCCUUUUCAUCAUGGCCGGCUGAGCAAAAUCAAACUGAUGUCAGCUUAAAAGAUGACUGGGCUGCAUUUGGCUCAUCAAGUGACAGUUCUCUCGAGACAAAAAAAGCCCCUGAGGAAUCUUACAGCUUUGGAUCAUUUGAAAAACCAGAAAAUAUUUCAAAGGCAAGGAGAGAAGACAAAGCUUUCAAUCAGACAAAAACGGCCAACUCAUCUGUCUUGCUGUCACCUUGUUUCCCAAGGCCAGGUGAAACUUUAUUGUCACAAACUGAGCACUCAAAUUUAGAAACAUCUCUGAUAGAUAUAGAAAAUCAGAGAUCUGGUGGUGUUUGGGGAGCGCUUACCUUGGGUAAGGAAGAAGAGGUAAACUGGAAUGUCAGCUUCAAUUCAUCAACAAACUUCAAAUCAAUGCUUGUCUCUAUGAAUCUGACAUUUGAGGGUAUUAAGAAAAAAUUGAAAAAAUCAAGUUUUUCAUCAUUGUCACCCACAUCAUCAAUAGCAAGCUUUGAUGCUGAGAAUUCCAGUGACCAGUUUCAGAUCCUUAUGCCGGAGCCAGCUGUCAAAAUGACAUCACUUCUUAAACCAACACUCUUAGCACAGAGCCAGCAAAAAGAGCUAAAACUCCAAAGAGUACCUUCUAUCUCAAGUCUCAAGAAAGGUGACAGUGGCUCUGAAACAACUUCAGAAACCGCAUCCUUAGACCUGGAUUUCUUCUCGAGUGGCGUUGCUGCAGGUUCCGCAUCACUGCCAAAUAAAGAUUCGUCAACAUCUCUGAAUAAGAAUGAUUUGUUUGGUGUCAAUUGGGGCGGCGAAGAGGAAACACUAGCCUCGACUGAAUCAUCAACCGCAGACUUUUCGUCGUCAACAUACGCGGCACAGCAACAGAACCUAGCAACCAGAAGUGAUUCAAACCCCUCUUCGCUACCUUUCAAUUUAGAAGCUUUAAAUGAGAUGCGCAGUGAAGAUGAAAUUAGUUCUGAAGCCAAAAAAUUUCUAGAUUCAUUGGAAAGCCUGAAAUUUAUGACUUCCACAGUCCUCAUGUUUCCGAGUCAAUUUUCAGGCGGCGAUUAGCCAGCUGAAUAUGAAUAUUUUUAAAAUGAUAUUGAAAUUUAUUACACUAUAAUUUUCCAGGGUAGUGUUGUAGUAUUGUAAAGAUUUAGAAGUCGACGAGCAUCUUGCCGUCUCUUGUCGUAUUAUUUUGAGUUAUUUCAAUCAAUCUUUGAAUCUCUUUGGUAAA